GCGACUGGCGUUGCACUGCAUCAGUUUACACAGCCCACUCACCCACAGGGAGGCACCGCACGCUCUCUGGCUGUACCCCGUUCCUGUCACUCUCCACACUACUUUUCCAGAGAGCCCGGAGAGCUGAGAAUGGGCAAAUCCGAAAGCCAAAUGGAUAUCAUGGAAAAAUCUACCAAACCAGGGAAGCGUCGUUGGACUGUUGCAGAGACUGGGCUGUCUGUGCUGUUGUUGCUGGUCAGCUGUGCCCUGGCUGGACUGAUAGUCCUCUACACAUCGGCUCUGAGAGAGCGGUCCAAUAGGAGCUCAGUCACUGAGGGGCAGAAGUAUCGUUCUGGCCCCAGCAAUGUUUGCACAACUCCUGAGUGCGUCACAGCAGCCGCUCGUCUCUUGCAGAACAUGGAUGCGACGGUGGAGCCGUGUCAGAACUUCUACCAAUAUGCUUGUGGGGGCUGGCUGGAGCGUCAUGUCAUCCCAGAGACCAGCUCCCGGCACAGUGUCUUCGACAUCCUCAGAGACAGGCUGGAGAUUGUACUCAAAGGAGUUUUUGAGACUGAUAGUGAUCAGGACCGUGACGCCUUCAAGAAGGCCAAAACUCUCUACAGCUCCUGCAUGAAUGAGACUCUCAUAGAGCAGCGCGACUCCCAGCCGCUCAUGCAUCUCAUUGACAGCAUAGGAGACUGGCCUGCUGCCUCGGAGGACUGGAACAGCACUACUGAGGAGGCCUGGAGCCUGGAGGACACUCUAGCCACCCUCAUCUCUCGUUACCACAAGAAGGUCCUGCUGGAUAUGUAUGUGUGGACUGAUGACCGUGACUCCCGGCGCCACAUCAUCUACAUUGACCAGUCAGGACUAGGAAUGCCAUCCAGAGAGUAUUACUUCAAUGAUGGAAACUACAAAAGGGUUCGAGAGGCCUACCUGCAGUUCAUGGUUUCCAUGGUGAGGAUUGCCCGGGAAGACAGGAACUUGACCCAGGAAGAUGAUCGUGUGGUGGAGGAGAUGGUGCAAGUGCUGGAGCUGGAAACAGAUAUCGCAAAUGCCACAUCCCCCGCAGAGGAUCGUCAAGAUGUCACGAUUCUCUACAAAAAGAUGACCCUGACUGAGCUGCAGGAGUCCUUCAAUCUCAACGGUUUUAACUGGACAAGGUUUGUGCGUGGUGUGUUGUCCAGCGUGGCUGUGAAGGUACAGCUGGAAGAGGAGGUGGUGGUCUAUAGCUCCCCUUACCUGGAGAAGAUGAACAAAGUGCUCUCCAAACACACUGUCAGAACCAUGCAGAACUACCUCACCUGGCAGGUUGUCAUGGAGAGAGUCAGCAGCCUUAGUCGCCGCUUCAAAGAUGCCAGGGCACACUAUAAAAAGGCCCUGUAUGGGACGACCAUAGAGGAGGCGCGGUGGAGAGACUGUGUGCGUUACGUCCAGGGCAGCAUGGAGAACGCAGUGGGGGCUCUGUAUGUGCGAGAGACCUUUGCUGGCGAGAGUAAACGCAUGGUUAGUGACCUCAUCAGUAAGAUCCAGGAAGCGUACGUGGAGACGCUAGAGGAGUUGAGCUGGAUGGAUGACCAGUCUAAGGAAAAAGCAAGAGAGAAGGCCAUGGCCAUUAAGGAGCAUAUUGGCUAUCCUGACCACAUUCUGGAAGAGAGCAAUCUGAAGCUUGACCAGGAGUAUGCCCAUCUGAACUUCAGUGAGGAGAACUACUUUGAGAACGUCCUUGAGAACCUGCAGGCUGAAGCACACAAGAGUUUGAAGAAGCUGAGAGAGCCGGUCGACCCGGACAUGUGGAUCAUUGGUGCUGCUGUGGUCAAUGCUUUCUACUCACCAAACAGAAACCAGAUAGUAUUCCCUGCAGGUAUCCUGCAGCCUCCUUUCUUCAGUAAGCAGCAGCUCCAGGCCCUGAACUUUGGAGGAAUAGGGAUGGUCAUUGGACAUGAGAUCACCCAUGGAUUUGAUGACAAUGGCCGUAAUUUUGAUAAGGAUGGUAACAUGCUUAACUGGUGGAGUAAUUAUUCUGCUGAGCACUUCAAGGACCAAUCACAAUGCAUGGUGCAACAAUAUGGCAACUUCAACUGGAAACUCGCAGGCGGACAAAAUGUCAGUGGAAUUAGCACUUUGGGGGAGAACAUCGCUGACAAUGGAGGAGUUCGGCAAGCCUAUAAGGCCUACAUGAAGUGGAUGGAGAGAGAAGGUGAAGAGCAUCGUUUACCUGGUCUGGACAUGGACCACAAACAACUUUUCUUUCUUAACUUUGCCCAAGUAUGGUGUGGUGCCUAUCGGCCUGAAUAUGCCAGCCAGUCCAUCAAAACGGACUCCCACAGUCCCCUGGAAUACAGGGUGCUUGGCUCCCUACAGAAUUUUGGAGCAUUCUCAGAGGCAUUCCAGUGCAAACCGGGUACUCCCAUGAACCCUGAGAUAAAAUGUCGGGUGUGGUAGCCAGUUCCUGCCUUCUUCUACUCUUGUUAAUUAUUUCUUGACUGGGGCAACUGAACAAAAGAACAUGCUUAACAACCACAGAGGCAUCCUGCCUUAGAGUAUGUCUGAUAGAUUUACAUGGCAGAAGAUAACAUAGAUAUUUACACAAGUGUUUUAAGUGUGUAAAUGCAGAAUACAGUUUAUAUAUGGACUGGAUGACUGACCAAACUACACCUUAGUAUCACCACUUGAAGCAGAUUAAAACUACGAUUAGACAGGAAAAACACUUGCAAGGAGUAUGUGCUUAUAUGGCUACUCAGCUUGAAGAUGUUGUCUGUGGGUGAACAGUUUUACUUGUGGUUUUGUUGUAUACACUCUCAGGAAAAAAGAUUCUGGGUAG